UCUCGGUCCUCGCUGGCCAUCGCUGGUUCUUUUGCAUUUCAGCUCUUUGAUAAUCUCCCUCCGCCCUAAAAUCGAUUCUUACCCUCGUCUAAAGAGGCUCUUUUUACCCCUAGCACUGACCAUACUCUGUGAACUCCAUCCUGCCCUGUGGACACCCUUCUCCCCAAAUCCUUCUCCGUCAGAACCCACAGCAGGAAGUCAGGAUUUACAAAUUCCGGAUUCCGAACCAACUCCUCCGAGAAUCAUCUCCCAGAAUCUUUCCUUUUAGCGCCCCUCAGAAUCCACCUUUCAUCAGAAUUUCCUUCCUUUUAAAGUCUUCUCCCAGAAUCCCACUCUUCAGAGCCCUCACCCAGACUUCCUCUUUCCCUGAAUCUUUCUCCAUUCAAGAGCCCCAGAAUCUACUUCUGCCCGCAAUCCACCUUUCCCAGAACAGCCCCGUUAGAAUCCCCUUUUCACAAAAUCUCUCUCGCUUUCAGAGCCCCCUCCUUCAAAAUCUACAUUUCCUAAGAAUUCUUUUCCUUUCAGAGCCUCCUCUUGCCAGCAGCUGGCUUCCCCUUGAUUUUCCACUCCUUAGAAUCCCACCCUCCAGAAUGCCCCCCUUGAGGGUCCCCACCCUAGAAUCCCUUUCUCCAGGGUCUUUCAAAUCAUCUCUUCAUCCCCUCCCCCUGCAAAUCAUCCUACUCUCCAGGCUUCUCCCCCACAGAGUUCUCUAUCCCCAGUAUCCCCCCCCAUCCCAUCUGAGGAACCUCAGGAUUGAGUUGCCCCUUUGCUCCCCCAGACUCAGGAUACUCCUUAGGGUCCCAGCCAAAAGGUUUCUCUCUCAGACCUGCAGAGAGCCCACAGUUUCUUCAGCUUCUCUGGCAGCCCUGAGUCAGAGGUCCAAAGUUCAAAGGACCAUGGUGACUCACCUUGUGCCUGGAAGGUGGCGAUGGGGUGGAGGUUGCUGGGCGGGUCUGUGGCGGGAGGGAGGAUCCUCCAGCCCAGAGUCUAGCUCCAAAAGGGAUGCUGGGCUGGGACCAGAGAAAGCCUGGGCGGUGGGCAGGGUGCCCAUGUGGUCACUCUGGACCAUCCUCCUGCUGGUACGACCCUUGGGAGGCCUAGGAUCACCCCUCUGUCCUCGGGAGCCUUUCUACUUCCUUGUUGCCAUCAUGAAGAUGCUGGGAAACAAAAAUGAUGGCACUCUCUACACACCAGAUGACCUCUCGGUGUGUCCUGCUGAGACUCUAGGGUGCUUCCGGCUGGAGCUGUCUGUGAUCCAGUUCGAAGAGGGCCCAUCCCUGGGGAUUGCCGUGUUCCGGCUACAGCGUCUGCUGGAUGCACUGGGGUCCCGGCUGUGGGUGACUGGCCAGGGCCCUUGUCCACCCUGCGAAGGACAUCCCCAGAGACCUGUCCCUCUCUUUCUGGCCAAGCUCUUGGAGUUAUUACAGGGGGCAUGUGCUCGGCACCGGCCCUCAGCAUGAAUCUGGGAGGACACAGACUGCCUGGUACUGCUGCUGGAGAGGCUUGUUGGAAAGAGGGGGAGAGGACGUGGUCUCUAGCCCCAGCUUCCAGUCCUAAGCCUUCUCCUUCUAGGCCAGAGGACUUCAUGUGCAGUCCAAGGAGCCAAGGGGAAGAGGAGAGAAGGAGGAAGAUAAGAUCUGAAGCCUGAAAUCUCUGGCCUCCUAGGGUGUGGGGGCCCCCAUCUGGUCCUGUUCUCCCUCUCAGAUACUCCCUCUUCUCUCCUCUAUGAGGAAGGGACAAAGCAUGGCACAGGUGUCUUCUAACCUAAUCCCACCUCUAGAGGACAAGGGGAGUCUUGUACCUCAAGUCCCUGACUGCAAAUAAUUACCACCUGGAGAGCUUUGAAGUAAUACUGAUGGUUAGGCCCCAUCCCAGAGAUUUUGAUAAUUGGUCUCUGGCAGAUUCUGAACACCAUAGAUUUAAAAUCAACUUCAUUGAGGUGUAAUUUACAGAUAGAUAGCAUACAUUUUAAGUGUACAUUUCAAUGAGUUCUGACAAAGGUAUACACAUAGCCACAUUUCCAUCACCCCGGAGCGUCCCUCAUGCCCCUUCCCGUCAAUCUUCACCUCCAGUAGUAGACACCCACUAAUCUGCUGAGUGUAGAGAUCAGUUUUGCUUUCUCUAGAGUUUCAUAUGAAGGGAAUUGUAGUAGGUACAUAUAUCCAUGCUAGUGUUUGGCUUCUUUCACUUAGCAUGAUGUUUCUCAGAUUCAUUCAUGUGCUUAUCAACAGCUUAUUACUAUCCCAUUGUAUAGAUGCACCCCAAUUUGUUUUAUCCACUGUCUUUAUGAUGGCUAUUGGGUUGUUUCCACUUUCCUGCUACCUUGUUUCCACUUUGCAGCUACAGUGCAUCGCUCUCUUCUUGCAUCAUCUUCUGUACUGCUGGGGUUGAGCGUUGGGAACCACGGACACACCAAACUUCCUGUGGCGGGGAAAUUACUGUUCCCUCUCAUUCCUGCAGUAACAUCAAAAGGCAUUUUGUACGUGGAAUCCUGUUUUGAAGAGCUGCUGUUUAAGGGAACCAAGCUUCCUUUAAGAAGGGGAAACAUUGUUAUAGAGCAACCAGGCUUUCCUCCCCACCCCCGCGUUGGUUUCAGUCUGGGAUUGUUGGAUCAGGGAGUGUGUGCUCCUAUAGGCAAGCACGUGUGGUAUACUCAUUCCCUAGUAGCUGUCCUGUGAGCCAGCUGGUGGGCCAACUACACUAUACUACCCUGUAACUAGGUGCAUAUUAAAUUUCUGUAAAUUGAA